AAUAUAAAAGAACACAAAAUGGCGGAAGGAGGUCCACCGGAUUUAACUACUCAGAAAAAAACUAUUGAGGAAUACCUUAGUCAAAAUUUAAAGAAAGGAGAGUUAUGGUACGGCUGUAACUAAGUUUCAUGUAGCUAUUAUAAAUUUCUUAGACAAAUAAUUUGUACAGCUUUAUAAAAUCAACGUGAUAAACUAUAUAACUAUACUAUAACUUUAUAUACUUAAUUAUAAUUUACUAUAUAAUCAUAAUGAAUGCCUAUUUUACUGUAUACUUGUACAUUGCAUUCAUUGUAUAUUGCAUUACAACCCACCUACUUACGACCACUAAUACUAUUAUUAUUAAGCUCUAUAACUUAUACUGUAUUACUACUUCUUCUUCUUCUUCUAUAUCUUAAGGGCCCACUAUCAAUUUAUUGAUCAUUUUGGCAUGUAGAUGGGAUUUGCAAUGUUUCUGUUACUGGUGGUGAUGAGGAAAUUAUGCACUAGGGGUUUGAAGGCUUGAGGCAAUAGACACAAAUGUGUCUAGUGUUGUCGCCUCAACUGUUCCUUUUGAAAGAUGGUUCCAGUCCCUGAUUGUCUUGGGCAGGAAUGAGCAGCUCCUAUACUGGCUUCUUGCUGGUAUGAGCCUGAAUUGCCUGUCAUGGCCUCGUCGCUGUCUAUGGGGGAGAGGGACGAGUUUCUGUUUAAUACUGGAACAGUGGACCAGCCCAUUAUUUAUCUUGUACAUCAUGGAGAGCCUGGAUUGUCGUCGUCGUUUCUCCAAUGGUGACCAGCCUAGUGUUUCUAGCAUGCUGCCAACACUAGAGGUAUUCCUGUAGCGGUUUAGGACAAAGCGUGCUGCUCGUCGCUGGACCGCCUCCAACCUGUCAAUGCUCUUCUGGGUAAAUGGGUCCCAGACUGAAGAUGCAUAAUCUAAAAUCGGACGGAUAAAGGCUUUAUAUGCUCUUUCUUUCACACAGGAGUUGCCAAUCUUUAGAUUUCGCCUUAAGAACCCCAAGGCUUGGUUUGCUUGGUUACAUACAUUGUUAAUAUGCUCGUCCCAGCGGACCUCUCUUUGAAUGGUAACACCCAGGUACUUUACGGAGGAAACUUGCUCAAGAAUAUGGCCGUGCAGUUUGUAUUGGUAGUGUAGAGGAGUACAACUUCUAGAGAUUGAUAGUGUCUGGCACUUGGCAGGGUGAAAUUCCAUGUCCCAGCUCAUCUCCCACUCAGCUAACAGAUUGAGAUCCUGUUGUAGCUGGUCCUGGUCAGAUCUGUUGGCGAUCGUCCUAUACACUGCUGUGUCAUCUGCAAACAGUCUUGCCUGUGAUGUCAGUUUCUCCGGUAGGUCAUUAAUGUAUGCUAGGAACAAACAGGGGCCCAGGACUGAUCCCUGGGGGACCCCUGACUUCACAUUGACAAAGGAGGAGCUUGUACCGCCCACCACUACUGCUUGGCGUCGGUGGCUGAGGAAGCUAGAGAUCCAUGUUUUAGUGGUGCCUUGAAUCCCAUAUAUCUGGAGUUUGUGUAGAAGCAAACUAUGAUUCACCCGGUCAAAUGCUUUUGCGAAGUCCAUUACUAGCACGUCAGUCUGCUUGUGGUUCUCCAGAUUGGUCAUCAAGUCUUCUACAAAUUCGAGAAGCUGGGUCUCACAUGACCUAUUGACUCGGAAGCCAUGUUGACAGUCAUUGAGUAUAUUUUUGCUUUCAAGAUGCUUCAUGACAGAGCUUACGAUUAUGUGCUCCAACAAUUUGCAGACGACGCUAGUGAUGGAUAUCGGACGAUAGUUGGCAGGGUCGGAAUGCUCCCCUUUCUUGUAAAUUGGAGUGACAUGCGCUGUUCUCCAGUCUGCUGGAACAUUUCCUGUGCAUAGUGACGAUUGGAAGAGGAUUGUCAGUGCAGGAGCGAUUUCUUUGGCUAAUUCUUUGAGCACUCGUGGUUUAAUGUUGUCAGGACCACAUGCUUUGUAAGGGUUAAUGGUAUUGAGGAGGGCAAACACACCUUGUUCUGAUAUCUGGAUAUCUCCCAUGAUAGGAUAGGCUCUGUUCAUCAUUUUGGUCUUCAGAAGAACUCAGUCUCAGAGUACUCUCUACCGUCACCAAAGACCGACUGGAACUGCUGAUUGAGUAUCUCCGCCUGUGCUUUUGGGUCAGAUGUCAAUUGGCCAUCCCACCUCAAGGGGGAAACUCCAGCGUUUGAGGACUUUUGGUGUUUCACAUAGCUCCAGAAGCGCUUGUUCUUUACAUCUUUACUUACUUAUGACCACUACUGCGAUUAACUAUUAUUUAAGCUCUAUACUCUAUGUCUAUAACUUAUACUCAAUACUCAGAAGCAUAUUUAGUUAAUUUAGGGUGUUUGGCACCCAGGGUAAUUUCAUUUUCCGGCCCCCUCAAUUCUGAAACCCAUUAUUUUCAUCCAUAAAAUACCAUCAAAGCUAUAAAUUUUAGAGCACAACUGAACUAGUCUGGGGACAUUUUAGUUCUGUCUCCCUCUCCUGCUUCCCUCUCCUGCUCCCCCCUCCCCUCCCCUUUCCAUUUUAAAAGUAAACAUCUGCUUAUACUAUAACUUGAAACUUGUCUUGGCUCUUCUCUCUUCAUUGACAGCUCUGUAUGUUGAAAUGUAAAUAAAAUAUGCAUUGUUUAGGAGCAUGCCUAAUAAUUGGGCUAAAUUAUGUUCCUCGUGCCACUUUGAGUUUAUGUGUAGGAUUCAGUUUCUGUCUCUUUUGUUUAUUCUUUGUUACUAGAUAAUAAUUCUAAGCAGAUGGAAUGUUUUAAAUUAAUAUUUCAUUUGGUGGUUAAUUGUAAUAUAUCAAACGAGGCUAAAUUUUUCACCAUUUUCAAAAAGGCAGUGUCAAUACGUCUGGCGCGCCGGCUGUAUAUCUCCCGCACUAUUUGUCCGGCGACCAAGUCACAUGACCGCCGUAACAAAGUGGCGAGAGAUAUUUUGUCCAUCAGCCUUGUCACGUGACCGUAAAUUAUUCAAAACUAUUGUUAAUUUUAAAAUCUAUUUCCCUACCAAGUAAUGUACAUCUUGCAUGCAAAUAAUAGAAAAAAACUGAAGUGAAAGUGGCUUGUAAACAUUUUUGUUUAGUUUGUUAUUUGAGUUUGUGUACCAGUACCCAUAAUAUAAUUAGGGGCCAGUAUUCAGUAUGCAGUAGACAACCAAUAAAAGUAAAAGAUUUUAAAUUGUAAAGUAAACAUUUUAAAUUGUUUAAUUUGCUGCAAAAUAUUUUAAAACUUCUCAUAAAACUACUGUUGCUGAUGAACAUGAUAAUUUAUAAAUAUAAUAUAAAAUAUUUUAAAUUAAAAUGGGGAAAAAAAGGGGUUCCCAUGCGGGGAAUUGAUCCACAAAUAUAGUAUCGUCAAGCGGCCACUCUACCACAUGACCAUACAAGAUCUUCUUAGUAGAUACUUCCUUCGGAAGAAUAUUUGUAGAUAUGAAUGAGGAUUGAAGGUAUUUCUAAAAAACUAUUUCAUUUAAUAUUAAAGUUUUGCUCCUAAUUUUCAUAGCUCUCUGUAAGUCCUAAAACGGCACAUUCUCUUUCUUUCCCCUCCCCAUUUCACCAGAUAUGUUUUUUGCUUUUCUUUUUUUUUUUUUUUUUUUUUUUUUUUUUUUUUACACAGCCACUAUCUUGGUUGCCAUGACACGUCUGCUGUCAUGACAACCAAGAUGGAGUCUGGGAAAUGAGUGCCAUGCCAAAUGUAAAUUCACUAAUAAUUUGAUUAGUUUUGGGAAAGAUUUUCAGGACCUAUCAUAAAAAGCAUUAGAAUAGAUAUUGAAAUUAUUGUAUGAUUUUCAUCAUUUAAUUUUUAAAAAUUUGUUUCUUUUUUUUUUUUGCACUAGGUAUCUAAUUGAUGUUAGGUGGUUUAAACAAUGGAAAAAAUAUGUUGGUUAUGAUCAAUGGGAUUCCUACAGUGUUGGAGAUCAGAGUGUUCAUCCUGGUCCUAUAGACAACUGCUCAUUGCUUAAGCGUAAGUAGGAUAUUUAUUCUGUGAAUUAAACUGUUAAUUUUUCUUUACAUUAACUCUAGUAAAAUUUACUUAUGUCAUUUUUUGCAAAUUGUGGUAAUAAAAAUCAGUGGAUUACCACUUUAUUCUUACUUAUUGUCAAAAUAUAUCUACAGCUGACACAAACAUCUUAAGGGAACAUCUGGUUGAUGAUCUGGACUAUAUAUUGCUACCUGCAGAUGCCUACGUGAAGUUGUCUUCCUGGUAUGGAGUAGCUCCAGGACAGGUAGGAGAGAAUUAUUCACAUACUUUUAAAAAUGAAUUUCAUUGAUCAAGAAAGAUACAGUUAAGGUUUCUAACAGUUAAGGUUUCUAAUUUCCCUUCACAGACUUCCUUCACACCCAAUAAAUAGUACAAUGACACAUUUACCCUAUAGCUGUCAAGAACUUUUCAUUUUCAGCAUUUUCAUGUACUUACUACUUAUGCCUUUUACCCCAUCUGGGGCAUAGGCUGUCUACAAGAAUAUUCCAUUCAUCAUGGUCCUGUAAUUUCCUUUCCAGUUGCUUCCAGGUGUAUCUCAUACUUAGUGUGUCUGCCUCUAGCUCGCGUCUCCCUGUUUUCUUAGGCCUUCCUCCCUUUAUUUUGCCCUGUGGAUUCCAUGUUAGGAAUAGUCUAUCUAGGGGUUUUCCGAGAGUGUGCCCUAUCCACCUCCAUCUUUUUCUUAUGAUGUCUUUAUCAAUAGGCUUCUGGUAUGUCUUUUCUAGUAAGUCUUUGUUGGUGAUGGUGUUUGGCCAUUUGAUGUUCAGGAUCUUUCUAAGGCAAGUGUUAUGAAGGUCUAUAAUUUCUGCUUAGUAUUUUCAUAAGCUUGUCAAAAAUGACAUAAUCCCAGACUAAAUAAAAUUCAGAGACCAUAGAAGUGUACAUUUUCUUUAAGUUCACUGGACAAGGUAUGUGGUAUGAAAAGAAUUUGUUUUUAUUUUAUUUAUGUUGAUAUUGACCUUUACAGAGUGAGUGCAAAUCUAGUGCUCAACUUCUGAAUUCAACCCAAAAUAAUACUCCAGAAAUUGGUCAAACUAUCAUGAAAUAAAGUUGUUGAGAUAUUAGAAGCAAUAUUCUUUCAGAAAAUGUCAGGUUAUAGUUUACUUAUUUUGAAAAUUGUAAUAUGAAUUUUGUUCAUUUACUACCUUCAAAUUUUUGUCUUACAAAAUACAAGGGGGAGAAUGCUUGAAAUAAGAAAUCUUUUUUCAAUUGAAUAUAUUAAAUCUAUUUUUGAUUAAUUAAUACUCCUAAAUAAACAGAAAAAUAAAAGUUUUUGUUGUAGACCUUUGGGAUCCAGUCUUUGUCUUUUUCUGUUCGAUUUUCAUCCCUUCCCAAAUGAAUUUGUCUAAAAUUUUAAAUGUCUGACUCUUAUGUUCCCAUUACCAAUAAAUCUAAUACUGUCAAUACUAGCACUGGGAGUAUCUUUGAAAUCAUUGCUUUCGUUUUAUUCCAUUUAAAAUAAUUGUAAUAAAUAAAUUCUGUGUUGAAUUUGCAAUCAAAAGGGGGCCCUCUCCGACAUCAGUCAUUAUCAUUAUGGCUGUAAAAAAUUUUGAGAAAAUUUCACACCAGAAUAUACAAAAAAAAAUCUCAGAUAAAAUCACGUUAACUCAUAUACAUACAUAUAUGUACUGAUUUCCCUUUAACCAAUGUACAUUAAAUCAUUCACAUUUUUCAUGAUGAUUUUGCUAGCGGUCGAUUAUAUCUGCCGUGACAACAUAGAAAGAGUUUAAUGGCAGAUGAUUGGCCACAAUCACAGUUAUAUGGUUAACUUUCCUAUAUUUCACUCCAAAACGAAUGCCUUACGUCCAACAGGGAUUUUUAACUGCAACAUACACUGGUCCUGAUAGACAAGAUUUCUUCUAAGGAUACAAAAUACUCGAUUUAGACCAGCACUCCAAUCCACUAACUGAUAUUAAGUCCUCUCCUAACAAUAGCAACAAAUCUGAAAAUCAGCAUACACUGCAAGUAAAAACACUGGAGAGGACCAACCUCAUAAUUUUACUUAUGAACUCCCUCAAACUGUCUGUACAGAUCUGACUGGCAAAGCAUCUUUGUUGCUCUUUUAUACCCUUUUUUUACAAAAUCUGUCAGAACAUUCAUCACCCAAUCAUGUGUCUUUCAAACAUUUACAACACUCUCAUAGAUUCUAACUUUCAUUCACUUAAUUUAUUGUAUCCAUUUAUUAAAUUAGUCUUGUCAAUAAUUUGUCUAUUCCUCAGCAACCUAUUGUUAGAAAGGUCAUUGAACAAGGAAUGUUUGUAAAACACUGUAAAGUAGAAGUGUAUUUAAUGGAGCUAAAACUCUGUGAAAACUCUAACCCCACCAAUGUGAUAACCCAUGCUUUCAGUAGAGCUGAUACAAUAGGUUUGCUUUAAUCAAUUUAUAUUAAUCACUAUAUAUUAUUCACUAUUUUGGUUGUUAAGCAUAUUGAUUUUCUCACUUGAAAAAGUGUUGUUAUUUAUUGUCAUAUCCUAAAAUAUUUUUAAAAUGCACAUAGUAAUAAUUUUUCUUCUGCUCUUUGCUUUCAGCUGCAAUUGAACAGGAAAUGCGUAACCUGUUUUCCAUUCCCGAAGACAAAGAAGUUCGUCUGUGGAAUCGUUAUAUGAGCAAUACUUAUGAACUUCUGAGUAAAAAAGAUGUGACAUUGCAAGAUGCUGGACUUUAUCAAGGACAGGUAAUUCUUACAUUUAAAAAACACUAUCUACUUAGGUUAAAAGUUAAAAAGGCAGGACGGUUAAAUGUGAUAACUACAACUAUUUUAAACAGUAACUAUUCAAAGUUAUUUGAAAAUAUUUUUGAUAGAAUUUACAUGAUACAAUUUUCUUGUCUGAUAUACAUUUGUUAAAAUCACAUAUUACCUUCCAGAUAUAUCCAUUGUUACACUUUUGUUUAGGUUAUAGUUGUAGAAUUAAAGAAUGAAGAUGGUACAUGGCCUAGGCAAGCAAAGAGGUAAGGAAUACUUUAGUAUGUGUGGAAAUAUUAUAAGGUUUAAAAAUAAAGAAUUAUUAUUUAAUACUUUAAAAAUGUUAAGCAUUCAUACCAUUUUGUUUAAUAGAAUAAUGCUUGCGCAGAAAAUGUAUAGGAGAUAUUCAUCAAACAUUGGUUUUACAGCUCACAUUUUAAUUAUGUUUCUUUAAUUUAUUGCUUUGUUUAAUUCGUUAAAAUUUAAAUGACUUUCUUAUUAUUUUUGAGAUUCAUCAACUUUUAGUUAUUGCCUUUAAAAUAAAAAUGCUAGAAAAAACUUAGUUACGCAGUGUUUUCAAAAUUGAGAAUUACCUUUUUUUUUUUAGUAAUACUUGUAAUAUAAUCAGUUGGUGUAGUAAAGUCAUAUUUUUUCAUUGUAAUUCAUUCUUUAGCGCAUCGUUCACUUAAAGUUACUUAGAAAAUUUGCUAAUCAAAUUUUAUACGGUAUAUAAAUAAAAUUUUUAAAAUUAGACGAUGAUAACAUUAUGGCUUUCCAACUGAAUGUGAUUAGCUAAAUUUUAUUUGAAAUAUUUUUCAAUGUUUUUGUUAUUAUUUUAUAUAUUUUGAAUGUGCUUAUAUUGACAGUGCAAACUCAUUCAACUCUUCUCAAACCACAACCAGGUAACUAUUUUUUUGUCUUUGACAAAAUAAUUAAAAGAGAGUAGUUAACUUUAACCUGAACUUAAUUAUUAGUUUAAAUGACAGAUUUGUUUAUUUUGAUUUUUUAAAAGAUUGCAUUGUUUUUCUUACACUUGACAAUGGUAUUCAUAAUUUAUUUUCUUUAAAUUAAAAACAGAAGGAAUAAUUAAAUGUCAUAUUGUUUGUCAGGGGCUCAGGAUAUAGUGGCGCCAGUGGUUCAGCCACCAAUGACUCAGUAAGCCAAACAAACACAACUGUUGGCUAUGGCAGUAACAGUGUGAAUAAUUACUACAGUAGUAAUUCAUAUGAUCGCAGUGGGACCAGUAAACCAGGGCUCUGUGGAUUAGCCAAUUUAGGAAAUACAUGCUUUAUGAACUCUGCCUUACAGGUUAGUGUAUUAAAAUGAGGGAUGCUAAACCCUGAUUUUUUGACAAAUCAGUUUUAUAAAACCGGUUUUAAACCGGAUUACAUUUUAUGCAAAGCAUUUUAACUGUUUGUGUAACAGAUAAAUAUUCUUAUAGACUUCUAUAAGCUGGUAAGUUGAAGCAGAAAUCUAUUUUUAGAGAUGAAAUGCCUUAUUCUCUCCAUGAUGAUUUUGAUAUCACAGUUUGAUUUGAGCACAUAACCCACCACACCAAGCCCCAGGGCUUGUGGAAUCAUCUGUUGCCCUGACAUCAGAGUUGUUAAAACGACAAACUUUAAUUUUGAUUUCAAUAAAAUUUUAUUUUAUUUACUUAACUAACUUCUCGCGUGAACUACAUUUAUUGUUGUACGACUAUUAUUAUCUGUGAAGUAGCUAGCCUAAGUGCUGUCCUGGGUGGAACGAGAUGUUUACCACCGCCUCAUGUAAAGAAACAAGUGCUACCUGGGGAGGACCGCUCCAUCAGCAUCCCCUUUCCCAUGCCAGUGAUCAUUAUUAAAUGUUACUGUGACGAUGAUAUCUGUACUUAAUCCAACUUGUUAACUUAUAGCAGACUACACACAAUGUGAUCUGGGAUUUAAUAUAAAAGGCAGUAUUCUAUUUUUUGAAGAAUCCCUCCUAAACUUAAGCUAGCCCCUUUAUGGAAUUUUUUCAUAAUACUGCUUAUUGACAGCUGUUUAAGUUUUUGGAUCUGUUCCGAAAGUUUGUUUUUAUAUUUUAAAAUUUAGUUUGACUUAACUCUUACUAAUUUGACUUCACAGUUUCUCUCAGCUUUGUUAAUUGAUAUGAGCCACUACCCUUAUAGAUAAUAUAUCAGAUAACACUUGUAGAUAUUUGUUGAAGUUAUUUUUGUUUUCCAAUAGUGUAUGCUUAACGUCAGCCGAUUAACAGACUAUAUGCUGAGCAACCAGUGGGAAAAGGAAUUAAACAAAGAAAACCCCUUAGGCAUGAGAGGUGAAAUAGCCAUCACAUAUGCCGAGCUUACCCGAGAAGUGUGGUCAGGUCAAAGGGCAUACACAGUGCCCAGAAACUUUAAGGUAACAUUUUUAACCAUCUUUUUCAGAAGCCUGAUAUCAUUAUAUAUUUAUCUCUUUCCAAUGGAAAUUCAGCUCGAUAAAAGUUUGUAAAUAAAUAAAUUCUAUUAUUCUCAAGAGGAAAGAACAAUGUAACUCCUCUUUUGAGUAAUUUGUCAAUGAAUUAUUAGUCCAAAUAGUCUACACUUUGACUUUCAAUGACAUUUUUCAGGGAAAUAUUGAAUUAAUUGGUAAGGUUUGAGACACUCGAGCCUGAUGCAAUUUUUUCUUAAUUUUAGCUGAACAAUUAUGAUAGAAAUGAGGGUUAAAAUUUAUUUAAUUUAUCAUAUUUAAAUAUACAACUUAAUUUUCUUUGAAUAUUUUUCUAUAUACAGGUGGCAGUGGGUAGGUUUGCACCCCAGUUUUCAGGUUACCAGCAACAAGAUUCUCAAGAGCUAAUGGCCUUUUUGCUUGAUGGACUUCAUGAAGACCUUAAUCGCAUUAGAAAAAAGCCCUACAUUGAACUCAAGGACUCGGGUGGACGACCUGACAAUGUAAUCUUUUUAAAAAAAAAAUCUUAUUCAUUUUUUUUAAACAAGCCUAAGCCAAGAAAUGCCUGUCAACUGUGUUAACGCUUAUUUUUAUUUUAGGGGAGGGGGAGAGAGAGAAAGAUAACAAGAUUUUAAAUGAUAUCUCAAUAAAGGUAUUUAGUAUUUUUUAAUAAUUUUUUUCUUUCUUUUUCAGAUUGUUGCCAAAGAAGCGUGGGACAAUUACAAAAAACGAAAUGACUCCAUUAUUGUUGAUAUUUUUCAUGCCCUUCUAAAAUCCACUGUAAGAUGCCCAGACUGUGAGAAAAUCUCUGUGACCUUUGACCCAUUUUGUUAUUUAUCUUUACCCCUGCCCAUAAAAAAAGAACGUCAAAUGGAAGUGAUAUGGGUGCCUCUGCCUCCUGAAAAAAAACCUAUGCAGGUAAGUACAACUAUACACUUAUCCAAAUUAUCAGCUGAUGUUUAUAAACAAAAUUUUAUUUAAAAAAUACCCAUGUGUAUGGAAACAGUGCAUCUUUUAUAGGCUAAAUAUAUAAUUUAAUGAAUCCAUUUUUUCUUUACCAAUCUAAAUCCAUUUAUAAUUUUAUUAGUAGUUUUUUUAGUCAGUUUUUAACAUUUAUAUACAUAAGAAAAUGAAAAUACAUUCUGUUCUGAAUAGCUAAAAUUGACAGUGCCUAAGGCAGGCAGCAUCCGUGACUUGUGUAUAUCAUUAUCAGCCCAAGUAGACGUUCCAUCUGACAGGGUAGGAUUGUGUUUUUGCACUCUUAUAUUUUAAAUUUGAAAAAUAUUUCAAAAGAACAUUGCAUCUUCCAUUUAUGUAUUACUAUUUUAUUACAAAUUAUUUGGGUUAGUUUUUAGUUUCCUUAAAACUUAAAAAAAAUGUAAGACAAUCCAUAAAUCAAAUUGUAAGAAAAUGUAAGAACUGUUUGAUGAUGAACAGCCACAUAACUGGCAAAGAAGUUUUAAAGUAAUGGAAAUCACAUAUUUAACUUCAUCUAACUUAAUUAAGACAUUUGACACUUGUAUAUUUGAAUUAGGCAAAUGUUCUUUGUUACAUUGUACUUUUACCCCAGGAGCCCUCACAAAAGACGGUGUUGUCCAGAGGCUUCAUUAGACUCGUUUAGAAGCUCAGUGUUUUCCAAUAUAGGCAAUUUUGGAUAUGUUUGGGGUUAAUUUUUUCCUGUCCUGCUUAAGAACAUAAUUGGUGUGCCAAUCGUGCGUUUGUGGAUGCAGAUUGGAAGUGUGGUCCCCCCCCCCCAAAAACAACCCAUUUGUGGUAGAUUUUGCCCCUGUGGUAAAUGUUUCCACGGUUGUGAACUUUCAGCCAUUUUUUCCCCCCAAAAUGGAUGCGAUAUUUGUUUUGACAGGCCAGUUUGAUUGAUAAUUUUGUUUUUAAGUAUCCGCCAUGUUUUGAAAGUAUCUGCUGUUUCAUUAUAAAUAGGCUCAGGAAAUUUGUGGCCAUCUCACAUGUGCUGAAUACCUUUUGUCUUUUGGCCUUUCUUUUCCAUUCUAUGAAAUAUCAGCUGCCAGUUUUAUAACUUCUGCUUAUUAUUCAAAGCCAGUGAUUUCACCCUUGGUUUCGGAAAUUGUCUUUUCCUCGUGAGGUUGUAAUUUUUUUUAUGUGUACUGCAGAUUAUGAAUGUUAAUUUAUGAAUAUUUUAUUGGAACUUUUUAUGUUUUUUUUCCUUGUGGGAUGAAGUUGUUAAGUUUAGUCCUCUAAUGACAAGAUUGUUGAUAAAUGUGCAUUGGAUUAAAAAAAAGUGUAAAAUGCAAUUAACUUCAAACAUUUUUAGCAGUUUAUGACAUUCUAAUGUUCAACAAUUCACAUUAUUUUUUCAAUUUACUUUUUUGGGCUUUUUAGAAUAUUUAUGAAGUUAAAUGUGCCUUCCAUUUAUAUCUCAAUUAAUUUUAAACAUAUUGCUGCAGCAGAAAUUAUCAGAUAGAAAUGAAGCAAUAGUUAUCAUGAAAUACUUAAAUAUAUCAAAUCUUAAAUGCUUAUUUUAUUAAACUAUAAAACUAGGUUCUAUGUGUGCCAUUGACAAGUACCUAAAUUUGUUUUCCAGAUGGUUGUCACUGAUGUUUACAAUCACAGGUUUCACAAAAUUUUCAACAUGGAUGAGGGAGUAAACCAUAUUUUAGACAGGGAUGAUAUAUUUAUGUACGUUCUUUUCUUGACCUUUUAAUUAUUAUUUAAAUACAGGUUAUAUUGGUCUUUUGAAAAAAACAUUUUUCUUUCCUUUUUUUUUAGUACAUAUGUUUUGCAAAGCACAAAAAGAAAGCUUACUGGCUAAUUCUUUUAUAAAUGUUUUAGGAAGAAAGAGUAAUAAACAUCCUUUCCAGAUCUUUAAGUAAUUUGAUAAAGUAAUUGAAUAUUGAGAAUAAUAAUAUCCACCCCCAUCCCUUUUCACUUCUCAGUUAUGAGAUUCCAAACAGUAACAUUGAAGACCCCAACACUAUGAUUUUGCCUAUCUACCUUAGGGACAAAAAGUAAGUGCCUUAAAUGUUUGUAUUUAACACUUCAUAACCACAUAACGAAGUUUAAAAAAAACGUAUCCACGUCUUUUUACGCUGGGACAAUGAAACAUAUGGUUAUACAAAAGAAGCCUUAAAACUUUUUCAAGAAAGACAAUAUUUAUUUCACUUGAGUUCAUUUUACUCAGGAAUCCGUAUAUUGCUAGAGCUUAAUUAAUAGAUAAAUAAUCCUUUAUAACAAUAAAACCUUGGCUCUCGUGCAGUAAUUGGAGUCCAUAAAAUUGGAUUGAGACAAAAGCAUGGUUGUGCAAAUACAGAGUUUUACAAUAUUCUAUUGCAUAGAAUUGGGACUUUUAAAAAGUAGGAAGAUGGGUGAUUUUAUUUUUCGAAAAAAACUAUUUUUUACUCUCUUCUGGUUAGUGAGCUAUGUGGUGAUGAAGAUGGACUUGUUUUAUUGGAUUUGUGAUUGUGUUGCAUGAGAAUAUAAAAAUUUGAAAACUCUUUUUUCCAAUGCUUUGAAAGAAAGAAUUUUACAUACCAAUACAUUUUGGGAGUCAUGCCAUGAUAGCACUGUAUCUGAAUUCUGGUUAUAGCAGGGUUUCACUUCCAUCCCAUCCCUGUGGCUCUACAGCCCAUGUAGGGCUUUGGCCUGCCUCAUCUAUUCCUUCCACUCACACCUAACUCAUGCUUUUCUUUUCUAUGCUUGGAUUCCCAGCUGCUGUAGAUCUUUUUUCACAUCAUCCGUCUAAGCCUAGGUCUGCCUUUGAACCGUUUUCCUCUGGGGUUUUGGUGGUUUCAUUUUAAUCUAAAUUGCUAUCAAAUUAGAAAUCUGAGCCCAUUAUUGACAAAAUUAAAAUUUAUCCCUGUAAAACAAUCAAAAUUUUGUAAAAAUUGGCCUGUAAGCAAAGUAAUUGAUGUUGGUAGCAUCUAUCUGUCUUCAAGGGAUGUUGGUGUAGCUUCUGUUUUUUUAGUAGAGUGAGCUUUACGAAUAGUUUUGAUUUCCUAAGGUCAGAAAAGACGCAGAGUUUAUGAACUAGUGUCUCCAUAACUAGCUCUUCAAGUCCACCAAAUUUACCUGGUUAUUUGAAAUAUUCAUUUAAAUGAUCAAUGAUUGUCUUUCUCAUUUUAAGUUGCUAAAAUAUGUAUGUUCCUUUCAGAUAUGGUGUGCGGCACUCAGACCACAACUCUGUUUCCAGUCAACCUUUAUUUGGUCAUCCAAUGCUGUUGGCAGUUCCAAGAAAUAACUGCACAUAUGAAAAACUUUACCAACUACUAUUACAAAGAAUGUCGUAAGUUGAUGGAUAUGUUAAAAAAUCAUUUUUAAAUUUCAGAUAUUGUUCAUGUGUUUCAGCAUUCUCUUAUUUGUUUGUUGUUUAUGAUAAAAAUUAAAGAUUUUAAAUAAAUGUAAACAAUAAAGCAAAGCUCAAUAAUAAUAAUUUUUCCACUCAAAAUUCAGUAUGACAUGAAAAUGGAGUGUGUAAGAUUAAGAAAAUGUUACUAUUCAUUUUUUAUAUCAGUCGUUAUGUAAAAGUCCCUGAUGCAUCUGAAGAAUGGCAAGAGGAGCCACUGGAGGAAGAUGAGGAAGAUGAUGAUGAUUCAUCAUCAGCUAAUACAAACUCUUCUUUUUGUGGGGCCAGUAAUGGAAAUCUUGAAGAAGAUGGAGGUGGUGGGGAAGCCAGCAAUGGUCACACUAUCAAUGGUAGAUUUUUUGUUUAAGCUUUUGCUAUAAGUACAAACUAGAAUAAAAUUAAAUUUUUAGUUUUUACAAACUUUAAAUGUUAAAUUACAUAAUACUUCAAAAGAUAAAGUCAUAGUCAUAUGAUACACAUUACAUGACUUGUUGCUAGGCGUGAAAUGAUUAAAUGGAGAAUAAAUAAAUAAUAUUUUGCAAGUCUUUCAAAAGCUUUCGGAUUUGAGUGUCCUUUAAUUUCUAUACUUUUGAUUUAGUAAUAAAUAUGUUUUCAAAAUCAGAACUGGAAAUGGAGACACUGGGUGGUAAUGGAGAAGGAGAAAAUACCUCAAAUAAUAAACCAGGAACAGAGGAGGAUGUUGCAUCAUGUUCCAUAUUGUUACCACCAUCUUCUCGAGGCAGACGCAUCUUCACAUUGCGAGCUGCCAACAGUUUUGGUCGCGAUGAAACUGGUACAGUUCUAGUGGAUGAUGGGAAACCCUUGAGAAUGACUAGUAAGUUCGGUAUAAUUAUAAUUAUUUUUUGUUCAUCCAAGAAUUUAAUUUUAACAGAAGGGAUUAUCAUUCUUACCAAUUAUAUAAAUUCAUCAAACUUAAAUUUUUAAAAUAUAUUAAACUUUCUUUAUUACCAUUUAUUUCUUCUAAGUUCAUUAAAUCUGAUAUAUUAUUUUUUAAAACCAGCUACCUUAUCAUUAAAAUCAUUUUUUCUUCAGUUUAUUUAAACAAAAUUAUUUAAAAAUUCACAGACAGAACAUAUGUAGCUGUUGACUGGAGUAAAGCAGCUAAGGACAGAUUCUUUGAUGAAAAGGCUGCUGAGGUAGCAAUUAUCCCAUUUGAAGUAUUCUAUGGUUCUUGAAAAUUCAAGAAUCUAUAUAUUUUUUAUUAGCAAUAAUUUGCAAUAAAAUUUUAAUGGUUGUUUUUUUUAAGGUAAAAAAAAAGAAAAGGAAUAUUUAAAAAAGUUUUAAAGGGGAUUCGCUAAUAAAAAGGUUUAUCAAAUUCCAAAGUUCUUAGUGUUGGUAUUUGGAUCACUUUAUUUCCACAUUACCCUGCAGCAUCAUUGAUAACAUUUUGAAGGCUAAUAUCUUUUUUUACAAUAUCAUUUUGAAUCAAUUGUAAUGAAUAGUUAUCAAGCAUUAUAAAGCAUUUAUUUAGUUAUUUUGCAGAAUUAUAAAUUUACAAAUAAUAUAAUUGUUUUCAUCUCAGGAUUUUGAAGAGCAUGAUAGUAUGAAGUCUCGUGUUGGACAAAAGAAGACAGUAAUUCAGUUAGAUGAUUGCCUGAAGCUCUUUAUGAAAGAAGAACAACUGAGUGAUAAAGAUCCAUGGUAGCUUAUUGUAUAGUUUGUUGAUGUUUUUAUCAAAAUAAUUGAUUCAUUAUUUUUAAAAAAACUUUAAGUUAAAUGUUGAAUCUCAUCAUGAGGUACAAGUAAUACAAUUAAUUGUUUAAAAAAAAAUGUCUCAAAAAUGAUCCUGCUUUUGCUUACGCAGGUAUUGCCCUGAUUGUGAACAGCACAAGCAAGCCACAAAAAAGUUUGACCUGUGGUCACUCCCUGAUGUCCUCAUCAUCCACCUAAAAAGAUUCUCCUACAACAAAUAUUGGAGAGACAAGAUUGAUGUUCUUGUUGAGUUUCCAUCUCAGUAAGCAGAUUAACUAUAAGCUAGACGUUUCUAUAUUAUUUAGAUAUUUGUAUAUCUAAGGCCAUUAAUGUAGUAGUUUUGGCGUUUGAUGUGAUCAAAUUUUCAAUGAUAGAAUAAAGAAAGAAAUUUUUACACUAUUCCAUUUUUAUAAGUAUUGCAAAGAUCUUUAUUUUUGUACUUAUAUUUAAUUUACAUGGGGAUCAAUUUCAAAAUAUUUGUGUAAAAGAUCAUUUCCAAGAGUUAAAUAUUUCUUUCCUACAGUGGUUUGGAUCUUCGCAAGUAUAUCAUCAAUGAGGAAUCCAAUGAAUGUGAUGUGUAUGAUCUCAUUGCUGUAACAAACCAUUAUGGAGGCUUAGGGGGAGGUCAUUGUAAGUGUAGCCUACUUCAGUCAUGUUUAAAAAAUCAGCUCUUUAUUUACACUCUUUAUUUGCUUUUGAUAGUCAAAUAUUUGAUAUUUUCAAAUAGUCACACUUAUAAAUGAAUGUAAGUUUCCUCUGUGGUUGAUAACUUGACAGAUAAAAAUGACAGUCUUUGACAUUGGGUUAAUUUUUUGAGAUUGGGAAAAAUUGUAAUUUUGUUUAAAGAAAGCGUAUUUUUUUAAGGUUAUCUGUCAGCCAUAUUUCUGGCUUUAUUCUUGAUGAUAUUCUAUUACAGAUACAGCAUAUGCCAUGAACAAAGAUGACAACAGCUGGUACUAUUUUGAUGAUUCAAGUGUGACAAGUUCAUCAGCUGAAUCUGUUGUUGUAAGCUAUCAAGAUGCAUUUUGCUUUUUCAUUUCUUAAAUAUGAAGUGAAAGUUUCUUGUCUAUUACAUGUUCUUUUAGUGUAAUAAAUAACUUAUUGAGAAAACAUUUCAUUUUACCCCUUCACAAUUUUAUGGGUACCUAUUUCACUUCUGCUGUUAAGAAGGGAGGGCAUCAUGCUUCAUUGUUUAAAAAAUCUUUUUAAAAAAAAAAAAAAAAAAAAAAAAUAACUUCCUUAGUUCUGUUUUUAUUUUUUAUUUUUUUUUAAAUAAAACAUAUCUAAAUAAUAAUUUAAAAAAUUUUAAAAAAUCUUGAAAAAUUAUUUGUAAAAUAUACACUGGGAUACAUAGGCUCAGAAAUCUAUUAUUUGCAACAUUUUAAUAAAAGUAAUGAAAAAGUAAAUUAAAAAAAAAAAGAUUUAAAUUAAAUAUGUUUGAAAAUUAAUGAAAAUACUUAAAAUUCAAAAGGAGAUUACAUUGUUUACAUAUGCAAAAUUACUUAUGUACAUAAUGUCAUUUGUGUUUUUAAUUUAUGUAUGUAUAUAUAUAUUUUCUAUAAUUGUUCAGAUCCAUUUGAGUGCUACGUUCUAAUCAACAUCCCACUAAUUAUUAUUUCAGACAAAAGCAGCAUAUGUCCUAGUAUACCAGAGAAAGACCCUCAAUCAAAACAGAAAAUCCCUUCGUGCCACCAAAGGAGUGAACUCCAAUACAGCCAUAUCUAUUCCUGUCAGCCAUGUUUCUUCUCAUAAAUUUCCUGAUUCUUCCAUCCCUAAUGGUGUGGGGGCAGCAAGUGAAGAGGAUGAAAUGGAAACAAACUAGGCUUUAUUCCUUUUUUUUUUGACAGGUUUAGACUGUUGAAUGAAGGGUAAAUACUUUACAAUAAGUUACUGUCAGAUCGAAAAAUGUUAUAUUUUUUAAAGUUCCAAAAAUAGUUAAGUUUUAAAAAUGAAAACGGAUACUCAAGUAAAAUGAUUUAGGAAGUUAAUGAAUAACAAUAGUCAAUUUUUUAAAACUUAAUUAACAAAAUAUAUUUUGGUAAAAAAAAAUUAUAUAAACAUAAACAAAGCCAAUUGUGACAAUGUUCUCAUUCAAAAAUUUUCAAAAUGUCUGAUAUAUCAUGAAUUAUUGAUGGGUGAUUGAACAUAACUCCCACCUUAGUCUGUACCAUGUUUAAAAUGAAAGUUGCUGUUUUUCAUUAAAAUAAUUGUUUUCACUAGAGCCUGUGAUAUGUUGGGAUAAGCCAGUGAAUUUAAAAAAAACAACUCUAGUUGAUAAAUUUUUAAAUAACUAAAACCUUCAAUAGAUUGCUUACUAGAUCAUAAGUUCUAGAACUGGUAAAUGACAUUGAACAAAAUAAAUUCAUUUUAAAAGCGUACAGUUUUUUAAAAGAAAUAACAAGAUUAUUAUUAAUGACAUGCAUUGUCUACAGUGUAUUUAAGUGCUUAUAAUUAAUAACUUUGAGGUUGUGGCAAGCUGGGUUAUACCGAUAUAUAAGUAGUUUUAUCACAUAUAUUUUAAUUAUACAUUUUUCAAACACUUUUAUAAUAACAAACUGGCAGAAAAAAUGCUAAAGAAAAAUUCAGGAAUUAAAAUAAGUAGUUCAAACUGAGAAAUGGUUGAAAGUAUAUUUAAACUUAAACAGAAAAAUUUAUGUUAUGUAAAUUUAUGUCUUCAAUUGGAAAUUUGUAGAAAUUAAUUAAGACUUCGGUCAUCCAAUGUUAGGUAAGCACUGAUGGAGGAGGGUGGUCUAAUUAGGAGAUUAUGUGAACAGGUGCUCAUAAAUGGCAUUCUCCGUUACACAAAUAAUCAAUUAUUAAGGACAUAACUGCAUCUUUAAUAUACUUUUUUCAUUAUCAGACACAACAAAAUCUAUAAUGUAGGGGAGGGAAUCUAUAUUAUUUAUCUAAAUACAUAACUAGUGAAGGUGGAAUAAUGAUUUUGCUGGUUAUGGGAAAUGCAAAUUUAUAUUGCACAUCUAGCACCAUAAUGCAUUCUGCUUCUGGUAGUACAAAUAAGUAUGGUGUCUGGCAUAUUAUGUAUGAUAAAGUUCAAGUAGUAUUGAAAAGAUGUUAUUUGCUUCCAUUUUUUCCCCCCAAGUUAGUCUGUGAAAAAUAUCUUCUUUUUUUUUCUGCUAGAUCUAAAUUUAAAAAAAAAACGAAAAAUUAUAGUUUUUUUUUUUUUGAAGCAGUGGUUCUUUUUCUGAAGAUAAUGAUUUAUGGAAAUCAGACAGUCCUUCAAAAAAUAUCUUCUUUUUUUUUCUGCUAGAUAUAAAUUUAAAAAAAAAACGAAAAAUUAUAGUUUUUUUUUUUUUGAAGCAGUGGUUCUUUUUCUGAAGAUAAUGAUUUAUGGAAAUCAGACAGUCCUUCUGAAACAUUCUGGAGAAUUGUGAGGACAGUGGCUCUCUGAGAUAUUUGUUUCAGUAAUCUUGUACAGCACUCAACCUAUUACAUGAAAACUGGUUAUGCUUCUAUUAAGGAAAAAAAAAAUCAAUUCCUAUUAGCAUAGGGUUUCAUUUUUCCUGAAAAGUUUUUUUUUUUUAGAUGUUUGCAUCAAAUAUGAUUAACUUUGUUUUCAAAUUUAAACUUAGCUUUGUUAAAUUUCUGGAAAUUCAGAUUUCAAAAUGAUAACUUAGUAAGAUUUCUCUGAAUUAUACACAACCUAAUAUUUCUUUUCGGUUUCCUUGUACUUGUCAUUUCAACUAAAUGGGGCUUACUGAGUCCAGUGCAUUAGGAAAAUCAGUUAAAGUGAAGGGUACAAAGAGAUUCUUGAUUCAAAUUUAUUUUUUGUCUAUGCAUCAGCAGUCAAUAUGCAAAAAGGAAUAUAAAUCCUCAAGCAUAUAUUUUUAAAAAAUUAGUAAUGUAUUAGUUUCAAGUUAGUAAUAGUAGCACUAAUUAGCCUGGAAAAAAAUAAAUCCCCGUACGGAAAAAGUAUACUGGAGCCACUGAUUUCACUUUGUAACCAAUUCAUGUAAAUACAAAUGAGCUUUUUUGUUUAAUUUCAUAUUCAUAUAAUUCAGGCUAAUAUACCUGAACUAUUGAAAAGGUUUCAUAAUUUCCUAUUUGUACAUAAUUGUAGUGACAAAAAAGGCCUUUGUUUAACUGAGCACCAAUUGAUGAUGUUCUGCAACAAGUUGUAUCUGACUGUAUUUAUAAGUGAAGUGACAUGAUUGUAUGAGAGAAAAAGAAACAAGUUUGCAAGAUUGAGAAACUGGGAAGGUUUUGACAAUUUUUUUUUUCUUUGUUUGCUUCUUAUUUAAACACAUUUAUAGAGAUGUAGAUCUCAACCUGAAAUUAUGUCAUAACAUAAAUUCUUAAACAUCAUCACUGAAAGAAUAGUUGAUUGUUUGAUUGACUUAUGAACAGUAGCAUAUCUUCAAAAAGUUGAUUUUGAAAUAACUGCAAUUCAUUUGUAAAGCUCCCCAUAUGAUUUUAAUAUUGCUUUAUGGCUAGUGCCGAAGCUAUAUAAAUUCUGUUAUUACCAGUUGGGGGAAAAAACCUGAGUAACACCGUUAAUUAUAUUAAAUUAAUUAUUCAGUUGUAACAUCUAAGUGUUAGUAGUUUUUCUUCUGUAAGGCAUUCAACACAGCCUAGAGAGAUUAUGUGUCAAGCUAUAAUUAAGGUGCCAUAAACCUCUGUUUCUGUUCCUCACAUUUCUAAAAUAUAUAGGUAAUUUUCAUUUUCAUGUGCAGUUCAGUUUUGGCCGGUUAGAAAGUGAACAUAGUAAAGAAACUUUUAGUUACAAAUAAAGAAAAGACACUUAUUACAUUGUAAGGUGGAUUAAAAAAAUUCUUUAAACAAUAUUAUUUUUAUUUAUUUUUACUUUUGUUUGUUCCUUUCUUUGAAAUGAUUAGUAAUUCUAUUAAAGGAUGUAUUUGAAAAAAUUAAUUGUUCUGAUUUUGUAAAAAGGAGAAGAAAAAAAUGUUUAUUGCCCUUGAGUAUAUAUCAAUGCUAAACUGGCUGACUGAGACAAUAAUUAAGACUAUUAGUUUCUUUCAGUUGGAAAUAGUGUAACAAAAUUUGGAGAUGUUAAUAAUUUCUUUUUUCACAAACGUUAAAAACCAUUGGGACUUAAAGAUAUAAACUUGAUUUAAUAUAGAUCUUAAUUUAUUCUUUCCACCUGUACACACUGAGGUUAGAAACUACCAUUUUAAUAUUUUGAAACUGUUUUUUUUCUCUUUCUGAUUCAUACAAAUGGCAAGAAAGGUGAUUGAAUUGUAAAUAAAAAACAUGCUGAAUAUUUCAUUGCACUAGGAAUUAAACGCUGAAUGACAGGAUGUAUAUUUUAUUUACUUAAAAUAAAAACUUGAGAUCUUUCAGCAAUGCUAAUUAUGUAAAUACCAAUAUUCGUGUUCUCUUUAUUAAUAUUUAGGUCAAGACUUAGAUUUAUUUUAAUACUGGUAAUUCAGGAAAAAUAAUUUUAGUUUAAAUAUGUAACUGCUGGAUAGUAAAAAUAAGUUGGAUUAAAUUAAAAGCCAUAUAAUUGAUACCACUGCCUAUCUAUGGGGAUGAAACAUUUUAGUAUUUAGUAAAAAUACAAUAUGCUUCAAAGACAUGUCUUUGUCCCUGCCUUCCCCUUUCUCUGAAUAUUGAUGUUACAAAUAAACAUGUUUCAUAUUACUGGAUAUUUAUAAGUAAUAAAG